CCCGGGCGGGCGGCGCGGGUGCCCUUUGGAGCGGGGCGGACCAGGAGGGCCGGAUCAGGCGGGUAGGCCCGGCCCAGCCGGGCGCCCCGGGACUGGGGCUUGGCGCUGUGGCCCCAUCAUGGAGCUGCGGGCGCCCGGCGAGGUGCUGAUGAGCCAGGCGGUCCAGCCGGCCCACGCCAACGCCCGCGGCGAGCUGAGCGCAGGGCAGCUGCUCCAGUGGAUCGACAUCACCGCCUGCCUGGCAGCUGAAAAACAUGCUGGAGUUUCCUGCGUUACAGCCUCUGUGGAUGACAUACAGUUUGAAGAGACAGCUAGAGUUGGACAAGUUAUAACCAUCAGAGCCAAAGUUACUAGAGCCUUCAGCACAAGCAUGGAGAUCAGUAUCAAAGUCAUGGUACAGGACGUGUUCACUGGCAUUGAGAAGCUUGUUAGCGUGGCUUUUUCUACAUUUGUAGCCAAACCAGUUGGAAAAGGAAAGAUUCAUUUAAAACCAGUCGCACUUCUGACUGAACAAGAUCAUGUGGAACAUAAUCUGGCUUCUGAGCGAAGGAAGGUUCGGUUACAGCAUGAAGACACUUUUAACAAUUUAAUGAAGGAAAGUAGCAAGUUCGAUGAUCCCAUUUGUGAGGAAGAGGAAGGAACGGUUUCCACAAGGGGCACCUCGGUUCAGAGCAUCGAACUUGUUCUCCCACCUCACGCAAACCAUCAUGGAAAUACCUUUGGUGGCCAGAUUAUGGCUUGGAUGGAGACAGUCGCUACUAUUUCUGCAAGCCGCCUAUGUCAGGCUCAUCCCUUCCUGAGAUCCGUGGAUAUGUUUAAGUUCCGGGGACCCUCUACAGUUGGAGACCGGCUUGUCUUCAAUGCCAUUGUUAACAAUACGUUUCAGACCUGUGUUGAAGUUGGAGUUCGCGUGGAGGCCUUUAACUGUCGGGAAUGGGCCGAGGGCCAAGGCCGCCACAUCAACAGCGCUUUUCUCAUUUAUAAUGCUGUUGAUGAUAAAGAAGAGUCCAUCACAUUUCAAAGAAUCAAGCCCAUUUCAAAGGAUGAUUUUAGACGCUACCGGGGCGCUAUCGCACGCAAGAGAAUUCGCCUAGGCAGAAAAUAUGUUAUUUCUCACAAAGAAGAGGUUCCACUGUGCACACACUGGGAUAUAAGCAAGCAGGCUUCGUUGAGUAAUGGCAAUGUGGAGGCUCUCAAAAAACUGGCGGCCAAAAAAGGCUGGGAGGUUACCAGCGCUGUAGGAAAGAUAAAAAUAUAUACUCUGGAAGAGCAGGAUGUUAUAUCCGUGUGGGUUGAAAAGCACAUGAAACGUCCAGCCCACUUGGCUUAUCAUCUCUUGUCUGACUUCACGAAGCGACCUUUGUGGGACCCCCAUGUCAUGUCCUGUGAAGUCAUAGACUGGGUGGGUGAAGAUGAUCGGAUAUAUUACAUCACCUGUCCUACAGUGAAUGGUGACAAGCCCAAAGACUUGGUAGUGCUCGUAUCACGCAAAAAGCCUGUCAGAGAUGGGAACACCUACAUGGUGGCAGUGAAGUCAGUCAUCUUGCCUUCCGUCCCACCAUCUCCACAGUAUAUCAGAAGUGAAAUUAUAUGCGCUGGAUUUCUUAUCCGCACCGUUGACAGCACUUCUUGCACCGUAUCUUACUUUAACCAGGUUUCUGCUAGCAUUCUGCCUUACUUUGCUGGAAAUCUUGGCGGCUGGUCAAAAUCCAUUGAAGAAACAGCAGCCUCCUGUAUACAGUUCAUAGAGAAUGCUACUGAUGAGGGGUCUGCAAGCACAUUUUAAAUUGUCAACUUUCCAUCAUCUGUAAUUUAAUUUCCUGCUUUUAAUUCCAAGCCCCUGUAGCCAAGACACUUAAGAGCUUUAAAACUCUGUUUUAGCUAAUCCGAGGCUCUGCCUCUUUCAGGGGCACAGAAAAUUGAAAAUUACCUGUACAUCCAAUAUUGCUUAUUUUAUAAAGUGGCACAAAUUUAAUUAAAAUUAUCAUAAACAUUUUUAAGUUACAGAGGUGAAAUGUGUGUUCUGUUUGAAAUUUUUAGAAAUUGUGUGAGGUGUGAAAUGACGAUUUGCUAAGUUGAGUGGUUGAUUAAUGUGUGACAUUGCUCCAGGGACAGCCGGGGUCUGUAUGUCAGGACCAUCUGCCAAGAUAUAUUACCUAAUAGUACAUGUUCUAGAGCUUUAAAUUAGGAAGGCAUUAAAACAUAAUGGAAUGCAAUCAAUUUUAGUAAUUGGAACAACUUUACUAGUGUCAUUAACAUAUUCCAGGUGGCUGACCAGUUUAGUAUCUAUUGCUAUAUAGACGCACACAGAGCACCUGCCAGUGCAACAUCGCAGAGGAAGAGCACGUGGGUGGAGCCCUUCCUUCAUAACCAUUACAUCAGUGCUCCAUUCUCUAGGCGUCCACAUUCAUUGGUCUACUCUGGGAUCUGUCCUAACUCCUAAGACAGACCAGAACAUAUCAAGUUAGCCUCCUCUGAAGGACAAUUUUUAAAGGUUGGAGGAGUUUUUCAUUAGAGGUUAAAGCACUUAAUGGGUUAGAUACAUCCUGCUGUCUGUUUGCCAAAUGUCCACCUGUGCUCCCCUGCCCAGCCCCUCCCCAGUCACGUGGUCGAAGCCUGGUUAUAAUUAUUUUUAUUUUUCUUGUUUCAGGAGAUUUUCACUUAUAUAAACUUUGGAAUGUUCUGCAACUUUAUGAGUUAACAUUAAUACACAAUAAAAAGUGGGGCCUUGGUGUGUGUCACACUUUAUGGGGGCAAGACAUGAUUGCAAGAGGGACUUUACCUAACAAUUGCAAUCAGUGUAACCUGGCUUAUUGUACCCUCAAUGAAUCCCCAGCAAUAAAAAAAAA